AAUGAUGCAUCCUCCGCUGAGAUGAAGAACAAAGGUGGGAGUGGUGUUUUGGUUCAAGAGAGGAAGCUUGUGAGAUUUGGAAGAUCGAGAAAUAGUUUGGCGGGAAAGUUGGAUAGUAGAUGUAGCUAAAGAAGAAACUGAACGAGGCACAAAUGUACUUGAGAAAAGAGAAUGCAUAUGUAUGAGACCACAAAGAAUAGAUAAUGCAUAUGUAG